ACUAACCAAAGCUCUCUCUCAAAGUACAAGAGACUCAAAAGCCGAAACACAACAACAACAACAAAAGAACUAGUCUCUCAUCAGUUUCUCUUCUCAAACACCCUCUUCUUCUUUUCAUGGUUACUUGUUAAAACGCCUUAGCUUUCUAUGAACCCACGAAGAAAAAUAAAAAGAGAAAAACCCAAUGUUUAGAAUAUCCUUUCACUGUCUAAAACGUUGAGAAACACUUCUUCUAUAUAUAGAAAGCUCAAAGUUAAAGUCUUUCAUAUAAAUAUAUAGAGUUAACAGAGGAAGCAGUUGCUUUGCUUAAGGGUUAAGCAUGGCAGGUAAUCAACAGGAAGGGUUAGGUGACGAUUUCUUUGAGCAGAUCCUGGCAGUGCCUCCAGGCUAUGGUGGCGGUGCUGGUGGUGGAGGUGGUGAUGAAGUGGGCGGUGCCACCUUGCCUAUGGGGGUACAGUUAGGGUCAAGUGGUGGUUUACCUGGUGGCAGUGGUGGUGGAGGGUUUAGAGGGAUGGGAAUUGGUAUAGGUAUGGGAAUGAUGCCUUUAGGGUUGAAUUUGGAACAUGGAUUCUUAAGACAUGAAGAUAGAGUUGUAGUUGACAACAACAACAACAACACCAACAAUAACAACAAUAAUGCUUCUGGUUCAGCUGCUUCUGCUGUUUCUGGAAUCAGUGAGAGGGAUUCUAUGCAUAUGACAAGUUUGUUUCCAUCUUUUGGACAAAUGCAAACUCAGCAAAUCCGUCCUUCACCACCUCGUCCUCAGCCUCCACUCCCGCUGCACCAGCCGAUUCAUAGCCAGCCAGCAUCAAGUCCAGUUGCUGCUGCACCACACCCACCUGCCAUCCGUCCAAGGGUGCGAGCUAGGCGAGGACAGGCUACGGAUCCCCACAGUAUCGCUGAGCGGUUACGUAGAGAAAGAAUCGCUGAAAGAAUGAAAGCUUUGCAGGAGUUGGUUCCUAGCUGCAACAAGACGGAUAGGGCAGCCAUGCUUGAUGAAAUUGUAGAUUAUGUGAAGUUUCUAAGGCUUCAAGUCAAGGUUCUGAGCAUGAGCAGACUUGGUGCAGCAGGUGCCGUGGCUCAGCUUGUAGCCGAUGUACCCCUAUCGUCUCUUGAGGGAGAUGGUGUAGAAGGUGGAAGCCAGCCUGCUUGGGAGAAAUGGUCAAAUGAUGGCACUGAACAGCGAGUGGCUGAGCUGAUGGAAGAAGACAUUGGAGCUGCCAUGCAGUUUCUUCAGUCCAAGGCACUUUGCAUCAUGCCAAUAUCACUGGCCUCCGCGAUCUUCCGAACACGCCAACCUGAUGCACCACCAACAGUUAAACCCGAAUCAAACACCCCUUCGUAGACCAAAACAACAACAUGCAUUUAAAUGGCUAUUUAGUGCUUCAGUCCAAUCUCUAACUCUCAUCGGCAACAUCAAUCAAGUCAGUGUAACUUUUCCACCCUCUCCUUUUUUCAGUUUUGUUCCGAAAAGCAAAGAAAAACAAAAGAAAAAAGAGUGACUGCCAAUGGCCAAUGCUAGAAAAACUUGGACAGGCAUAUUGAUGUUACUCAAAUGGUCAGUCAAAAGGAAAAAAUUUUCCAAAGGUCCAUUGAAGUUUUCCUCUUAUUACAUCCAUAAUUGGGUGAGGACGACCAAAAAAUCCUGGUGGUGGCAACUCGCUUUCUUUCUGCUUUUUCUUUCUUUUUCUUUUUCUUGGAUAGUGGGAGGUGGGACCAUUGAAAAGGGAUAGAUAGGUAUGUGUGAUGUAUUUGCAGAAAACUUUAAUGCAACUUGAAACUUAUAA